UUUCCGGGCUAUGACAAGUUACCAGUGCCCUCCUAUGUUAACAUGCCUCAUGCUUAUGAUGGCCGACCACAGCUGUAUCCACCCUUUACCUAUGAUGAUAGGAGUAUGGGGGCCAGCAGCAUGGAUGGGGAGCCCUACCACAUGUAUAAGGACCGCCGGAGGAGUCCCGAACCGUUACAGUUAGCAUUGGAAGGUGGGGUCACGCUAGACGAAAUGGCGUCGAUUUUUAUCAAGUUGAAUGGUCCUAAUAAGCUGUUCUUUGGUGGUCUGGGUGGUGAUGAUGACAAUGGUCCUCGAGCGGCCCCAGGGGGCUUUGGAAGGCUACAGGAAGGGUAUGGAUACAACGAUGCUGGCAAGAUUAGGCCCCUGAGUUUACCUGGACCAGGGGAUACCUCGACACAUCUAGAGAAGGCUCACCGCCUCAAUCGUGUUGCCCGUAACACCUCCCUUAGGGAAUUCAUAGCCGUCAAGUAUCAGCACAAUUACAUAGUACUGGUCUUCUUGCUGGGUCUCAUGGGUCUAGGGGCAGUGGUGUAUCGGUUCAUCGCAGGUUGGAUGCAGGUGUUCAAGGUAGUAGCCCCGGAUGGUGAGAGUAUGUCUCCGGGCUCUGGUGUGGAUGAUGAUGAUGACGUCGAGAUGAGUGAAGAUGAGGAAAUGUAUGAGGACGACGAGGAGGACCUGGGGGAUUCGGGUUUACUAUCAACCGAUCUGGUUGAUCAACCCUAUGAGAUGGGAAGAUUCCUUGAUAUUAGGCAUGAUAUAAUGUACUUACCGGAGUGGCAAGAUGUCCUACUGCAGACUAGUAUGAACAAGCGCUUACAACAAUUCAACGACCUUACUAGGAUAGCGUUCAAGCAUGGGGAGAGUGAUGUGAGGACGUUGCAUGGUGGAGUAUUGUUCCUUGGGAGGAACGUGGACGACCCGCAGUUCAUCUUCCGUAACCCUAAGCAAGAGCUCAGUCAGAGACCUAACGUCCCCAAGUUCACUCAAGCCGUUAGGAAUGCCGUUGCCAGUAACGCGAUGAAGGAAGUGCGGUAUCUAAAAGCCUAUUGUCCCAAGGCGUGUGUGGCUAGUUGGAACACGUUCGAAGGGGUUAUUCAGGACUUCGUCGCCAAACACCCGUCCACCUCCCACGUUGAUUGUCGAGAUAUCGAUCCUGAGGUGGCGCGAGAUGCAUCACUCAUCAUCAUGGCCCUGAGAGAUACGGAUGCUCAUGAGGACAAUAUGAUGCGGGAUAAGCUGGGUAGGAUUGCCUUGUUCGACCUUGGAUGUGCCUUGGCUGACCGUCCGCUGCCCAGGGAUGACAUGACUCAGGAGUAUCUCGAUAACUUUGCUAUCUGGCAUCAGAAUCCUCUACUCCUGGACGUUCCCUUCACCCCAAAGCAUGUGCGCUAUCUUAAGUCACUCGACUUCGAUAGGCUGAAGAAAAUCUGG